GGUGCCGACAACAUUUCGUUUUCACAGUCGCAAAGCACUCGUCGAAUAUUUACAGAACGCAAUGGCUGCAUAUCUAUCGAAUUUUACGAAAAUUGCCCGUGUACCGGCGUUAAACACAAAUUUUAAUCGUUAUGCCGCUCAAUGUUUAUCAACAUCAAGUGCAGCAUGUCAAAAGAAGACGCUACCAGAUAAAACGGGCAAAAAUAUCGUUUUGGUUGACGGAGUUCGUACACCUUUUCUGCAAUCAUUCACCGAUUAUUCAAAAUUGAUGCCACAUGAUUUGGCCAGACAAUCUUUGAUCUCGCUUUUGCGAAAGACGAAAAUUGAUAAGGAGCUCAUUGAUUAUAUUGUUUAUGGAACUGUAAUUCAAGAAGUGAAAACAUCGAAUAUUGGACGAGAAGCUGCAUUGGCAGCCGGUUUUAGCAAUAAAACACCAGCACACACCGUAACCAUGGCGUGCAUCAGUGCAAAUCAAGCUAUUACAACCGGCGUUGGUUUAAUUGCCACAGGAACAUAUGAUAUAAUCGUGGCUGGUGGUGCUGAAUUUAUGUCAGACGUUCCAAUCAGACACAGUCGUAAAAUGCGAUCACUCAUGUUGAGAGCAAACAAAGCCAAAUCAGUCGUACAACGUUUAUCACUCUUGGCUUCAAUUCGACCAAAUUUCCUUAUUCCUGAAUUGCCAGCUGUGGCUGAAUUUUCAUCUGGUGAAACAAUGGGUCAUUCAGCCGAUCGUUUGGCCGCUGCUUUCAAGGUAUCACGACAAGAACAAGACGACUACGCGCUUCGUUCACACACACUUGCCUAUCAAGCCCAACAAAAUGGCUAUUUGACCGAUUUGGUUCCGUUUAAAGUGUCUGGCGUUGAUAAAACUGUUGAUAAAGACAACGGUAUUCGUGUUUCGACCAAAGAACAACUUGCCAAACUAAAACCAGCUUUUGUUAAACCAUACGGAACCAUCACAGCAGCUAAUUCAUCAUAUUUGACCGAUGGAGCUUCGGCUUGUCUGAUUAUGUCAGAAGCCAAGGCCAAGGAGCUUGGUUUCAAACCGAAAGCAUACAUUCGUGAUUUUACAUAUGUUUCACAAGAUCCAUUUGAUGAGCUUUUGUUGGGUCCAGCUUAUGGCAUUCCAAAAAUUUUGAAGAAAGCAGGUCUCAAACUCAACGACAUCGACACAUGGGAAAUUCAUGAAGCUUUCGCUGGUCAAAUUUGUGCAAAUUUGAAAGCAUUGGAUUCGGAUUGGUUCUGCAAAAAUUACAUUGGCUUAGAUGGUAAAGUAGGACAACCAGAUUUGAGCAAAUGGAAUAACUGGGGUGGUUCACUUUCAAUUGGUCAUCCAUUCGCUGCUACUGGAGUUCGUUUAGCCAUGCACACGGCAAAUCGACUUGUUCGCGAAAAUGGUCAAUUGGGUUUGAUUGCAGCUUGUGCUGCCGGUGGUCAAGGUGUCGCAAUGAUUCUUGAAAGACAUCCCGAUGCAAAUGCAAAUUAAAAUCACUCGAAAUCCAUACAUUUUUCACGUAUUUUAUACUUAAUUGAAAAUUAUCGUUUAAAUUUUGUUGCAUUAAAGAGGUAUUUCGAGCACCGUUUGUUUGUUCAUCGAAUUUGGAAAAUAGAUAAAAAAGUCUGGUUCAUUAACUAGCAACCGUAAAAAAAAUGAUUUGUUAAAAUGUGAAUUAAGAAGUUACAUAAAUAAAUGAUAUCCAAGUAUUUUCUUUAA